UCUCACGACGACGCCGGCCUAGAAACCCUCCAACGAUCCUACCGACCUACACAAUGUCCUCCGGCUACGGUCUCAACGGCGGCCCCUCGCGCUGCUUCUCCUUCUGGCAAGAGGUCCUGGCCUGCUACGUCACAAACUCGUCGGAAGACAACACGGCCGGCAAGGCCAAGUGCCUGGGCCCGCUCGACGACUACUACGAGUGCCUGCACCACAAGAAGGAGUACGCCAAAGCUUUCGCCAUGCAGUCGGCCUACCGCCAAGCCGAGGCCGCCGGCAACGGCCGCCCCGCCGACGCCCCCAAGCCUAGCGAGGUGCGCAGUCUGGGCCUGCUCGAGGGCGCGCCGGAGACCAAGAACGUGAGCCGUGGCUGGUUUGGCCGCCGCGAGAGCAAUGGCGCUUAUUAGAUUGGUGUGUGGUGUGGGAGUGGGUGGGAAUGGAUGGGAGUGUAUAUUUGGGAAUGGGGGUGGAAGAAUGGAGGAAUGCAGGAUUGCUUGCUGCUUGCUGCUGCUGCUUCUGUCUGAUGUUGAGGUAUGUGUGUGUGUGUGUUAGUGAUGCGUGGACUGCAGGGCGCAGAGACGGCAUGCGCGCGAGGCGGAGAGAAAGAGACGAAGAGCGCCGCGCGUGAAGUUGUAUACGCAAUAGGUAUGCACGCGUGCAGGUUUUCCCCAUCCCCGGACCCCGAACUCCAGGAGCAAGCAAGCACAAUUGCAGCCAGAUGUCCCUGGCGCCAGAGCGCCCAUCUAGGUAGCCCGACGCGCAGUCCGCUUCCCACCCACCCUCACACCUCCUCACUAAUACUAUCACUGCCACCAUCCCCGCCGCCCAACCCUGCCCCCAAACCUA